AUGGUCGAUUGCAUCAAGCAGACCGCUCGCGAGUCCGGCGUGCGCGGCCUCUUCACCGGCACCUGUGCCACCCUGCUGCGCGAUGUGCCGGCCUCCUUCACCUACUUCAUCACCUACGAGUACCUGAAGACCCAGUUCAUCGACGAGAAGACCGGCAAGAUUUCCACCCCCUCGACCCUGCUGGCCGGUGGUCUGGCUGGUGUGACCAACUGGCUGGUGGGCCUGCCGGCCGACACGCUGAAGUCCCGCGUGCAGACCGCCGCCCCGGGGGUCUACCCGCGUGGUGUGCGCGACGCCUUCGCCACCCUCAUCCGGACCGAGGGCCCGACUGCCCUGUAUCGUGGUCUGCUGCCGGUGCUGCUGCGUGCCUUCCCCGCCAACGCCGCCUGUUUCUGGGGCGUCGAGACUGCGCGCUCCUUCAUGGACCGUGUCGGCUUCUAG